AUGACAAAUUACCUAAAAGUUCCUGAAAAAACGCCCAUAGCAGACGCUACUCUUCACAUCGCCUCGAAUUAUGUCAUAAAUGAGGCACCAGUACCGAAAACCGUUCAAUUUAUGACAAUUGCAUUUUUAAAAUCUCGAGAAGAGGCGAAUCAUGGAAGACUGGAAUUUGUGAAAUUUGAUGAGAAAGUCUUCGAAAAAAUUGAAGAAGAGAUUCAGGAAUCGUUGAAGAAUUAUAUUGUUACAUUCAUUCGCACACCAAUCAUCCAUUCAAAACAUCGAGCACAGCCGAUCGUUGGAGUGGAUCCUGGAGAGUUUUGCAUUCUCGCUGAAGACGCACUUUUUCAUUUUUUACGAAAAUUGAUUUUUGGUGGAAAAGUGUUUCAGAGGGAAAUGAAUCAGGAGAUCAAAUGGAUGAUCAAUCAACUGGAGAAUCUUUUUUAUUGUGAUUUUCUCAAAGCGUUUCUACACGAUCAACGAGCAUGUGCAAGAGUUUGGGCGCUGAAAUGUGCCACGUGUAAACCGGAAACGGAGCUGAAAAAAUCGACGAAAUCGGAGAAUCCCAAGAAAUUCAAAGACACAAAAUGGAGAUUUUACAAAAGAAACGAGAUUCAAUUAGCUAGAAAUUUUGACCCGAACGAUAACGAUGCCUUCAUCACCCUUUCGGACGGUGUGAAACUGUACUCGAGUUUGAAUCUCUACUACAAUUUAAUUCAAAAAUACAAUCAGCUCAAAGGGAUUCCGAGAAUGACCGAGAACAAAUUUGACGAAAUUAGUAGAAAUUCAAAAUUAUUCUUGCUCGACGCAUACGAUGCCAGUUACGCCUCAUCCAGCAUCUUCAAACUAAACGAACAAGUGAAAAAAUCGAUUUAUUCGAGUGACAAACCAUUUCUUCACAAUUUGGGCGCCUUUUCGAAAGUUUACAAAAAACACUUUUACAUUCGUACCGUUGCUGUGACGCCAAUUCAAAUCGAAUCCAGAAGACGUGUAUUCGCAGAGGAGAUUCUGGAAAUUCUAGAGAUUAUUCUGGAUGGAAAGGAGAAGGAGAAGCUGAAAAAAAAUCAGAAUUCGUGGAAAUUGAAUUCAGGGAAAUCUACAUUAAGUUUGGAGGAAUUGAAACAGGUUCUGGAGGAUUUGGAUGUCGAUAAAAGCAGAAUUUCGCUCAUCCUAGAUUUGUCUGAAACUCUAUCCACGAUUCAGAUGAUGAGGAAAACUGGUGAUCCGGUAAUUUCGCUGAAUUUUGAAAAGGCCGAAAUUGUGAUGAGCAAUUAUCAAGCGAUUUUCAAGAUUUUCCAAUCGAUAAUCUGUGAAAUCGAUUGGUCCACAGAUUCAUGCAAAAAGCAUCCGAAAUGCGCAAUUUCACAUAAGUCGAAAAUUUUGGAACAUAUCAAAAAGUAUCAAUCGAUGACAGAGGGAGCAUUUGUGCCAGCUGAAGACGUUGACGACCUAGUCAAAGAUUUAAAGGCGCAUUGUAACUACAGUAAUCGAAAAGGCAGCCACGUGGCACCCAUGGUGAAGUUGUUCGAUGCCAAUUUCAAUGAGUUUGUUUCGAUGCACUUCUUUUUGGAGGAAUUGAAAAAAUGUGGAAUUUCCACUGAUUCUGAAUCAGAAGACGUCGCCGGGGAUUCAGAAAAACUAAAAGCCAGUGGGAUUCCUGUGUGGAAAACGAGAAUUCUAUUUAUGUUGGCGUGGAUUGAGGCGUUUUUUGGGAAUGAAUUCAAAAAAUUGAAGGAGAUUCUGAGAAGAGCGAUGAUGUACAGAAUUCCGUGUCCGGAAUUCGAGAAGGACGAGGACUUGAUGAAUAUUCUUCUCGGCACUGAUGAAGAAAAGGAAGAACAGAUUGCUCAAUUGUCGAUGAUCACUCUGAACGAUAAUCCGCCAUCUCACGAAUCUCUGAAAACUGCAAAACCUAGGUCAUGGACCUUUUCCGGACACGGUUACCGUUGGAACGAUCCAAUUUCAUUGGGAAUUGUGCAGAAAUUCUUGGAGGGAAUUCAAAAAACGGAUAAGGCAACUCCAGAAUCCAAGAGAGUGAAUGAGCAAACGGCUACAGUAGUCCAAAAGAAUCCCGAGCUUGCUACAGUAACCCCGAAAACAAGAGAAUCGGCUCCAGAUGAAACAAGAGAGGAUUCUGAUUCCAGGAAAAGCAAUGAGCAAUCAUCUACGGCACCUCAAAAGACGUCGGAGAUUCAGAAGACAUUUGAAGAUCUGAAAAUCACAAAGGGUACAUUAGAAUCAGCUCCAGGAGACGUCAAAACUUUAGAAUAUUCUAAAAAGGCUCCAGAAGCUUCUCCACCACUUCAGAAGAUUCCAGAACCUACAGUACCCCAGAAGGAGUCGAAAAACUGUGAAAAGUGUUUCAGAACGUGUGAAAUGUUGAAUGAAGCAAAGAAAGAGCUGAAAUCCAAUGAAAACAGAAUUAAGAAUUUGGAAAAGAAGGUGUCAACGAAGGAGAAAAAGUUGGAAGAGUUUGAGGAUCAAAAGCAGAAAAUACAAGAAAAGGAGAAAGAGAUUCAAGAGAAAUCGGAGGAAAUCGAGCAGUUGAAGAGAAAAGUUGAGGAAAGUCUGAAAAUAGCUGAAGACAAUGGAAAACUGAUUUCUGAAGUCACCAAACUGACUGAUUCUAUUGCUGAGCUCAAAGAGGAACAUUCAAAACAAACAGAGAAGUUUCUGGAAUCUCAAAAUCAGCAAUUCGAUCAAAUUUCACACCUGGAAUAUGAGCUGGAUAUGGCAAGACAAACGACUGAAAUUCUGAAUCAAAAGAUUCUUGAAUUAGAAAAUCAGAGAGCGGAAAAUGAGAAUUGGGAAGCUGAAAAGCAAAAUCUACAUCUGGAAAUUCAAGAAAAUAGAGGAAAAAUUAAAGAAUUUUACGAUGAAAAUAUUCGGAUGCGGACAGAAAAUGAAGUGAAUCAACGGAUGAUUCAACAGCUUCUGGAUAAGUUAUCCAGUGCCAGGUCAUCAGGAAAUAGCUACAGUAAUCCUCCUGUCGCAACAUCUGGUCGUGACUACAGUAAUCCUGGUCAAGGGCCUUACGACGAUCCUCCUUAUAUGUCUAAUGAUCGUACACCUGAAUCAUCUUCCACAUACAGUACCUCUCUUGAUGACGCUCCGAACGCCUCCAGUUACAGUAAUCAUCAUGAAACGCCACCUGCCUCAAACUACAAUAAUCCUGAAAUCUCAAAAUGUCAAAUUUGUCGAUACGAAUUAAAAUCCGAUGAUCUAAUCUACAAAUGCUACCAAUGCAGAUGCCCAUCUCAUACUAAUUGUGCAUCAAAUUAG